AAGAAAGGAAAAAAAAUAUCUUCAUUUUCCUUGUUCUUCGAUCCAUAGACAUUGAGAUUUCGGAUUUCGUGCAUUGGGACUUGAAGAAUCUUCUUUUUUUUGGUGGGUUUUGUUUGUGAGUGAGAACCCAUCUGGCCUUUUGGUUUUCUCAAGCACUAGACAUUGAGUUCAACUCGAGAACCUUUGUACUUGGAUAGAUCCAAUGGAUAACACCAACAUUUACAGAGUCGCAAGUUUGCGUCGGAGUCGGAAUGGAUCUGGACUGUGGAGGAACACCAGUGCAGAAGUCUUUUCACGAUCAUCUCGUGAUGAGGAUGAUGAAGAAGCUCUCAAAUGGGCUGCCCUAGAGAAACUUCCGACAUAUGAUCGGAUCAGGAAAGGGAUACUCACUGGAGUCGCUGGGGAGCACCAGGAGAUUGAUAUUGACAAGCUUGGGUUUCAAGAGAAGAAGAAUCUGCUGGAGAGAUUGAUUCGAGUAGCAGAGGAGGACAAUGAGAAGUUCUUGUUGAAGCUCAGGAACCGUAUGGAACGAGUUGGGAUUGAGAAUCCUACAAUUGAAGUCCGAUUCGAGCAUUUGAAUAUAAAAGCAGAUGCUUAUAUUGGGAAUAGGGGUAUACCAACACUCCUCAACUUCACAGUGAAUAUUGUUGAGGUAAUUCAAGCAUAUUUGGCUGCUCAUAAUCCUUUUUUUUUUUUGGCAAUCGUAACCCGUACCAAUCUUUUAGUUUCUCUUUCGUUCUUGCAGGGAUUUUUGAACAAUCUCCACAUUCUUCCAAGCCGAAAGAAACCUGUAUCAAUACUCCAUGAUGUUAGCGGAAUCAUCAAGCCUUGCAGAAUGACUCUGCUUUUAGGCCCACCGGGCUCUGGGAAGACCACUUUACUAUUAGCUUUGGCUGGGAAGCUUGAUUCGGAUCUUAAGGUUUCAGGGAAAAUAACCUACAAUGGCCAUGGAAUGGACGAAUUCGUCCCUCAGAGGUCUUCCGCCUAUAUCAGUCAGCAUGAUCUCCAUAUCGGGGAAAUGACGGUGAGAGAAACCUUGGCUUUCUCAGCCAGAUGUCAAGGAGUUGGGACUCGCUAUGAGAUGCUGACGGAGCUGUCCAGAAGAGAGAAAGCAGCAAACAUCAAGCCAGAUCCUGAUGUGGAUGUCUACAUGAAGGCUUCAUCCUUGGAAGGUCAGGAAGAAAGUGUCGUCACAGACUAUAUUUUGAAGAUCUUAGGACUGGAUAUCUGUGCUGAUACCAUGGUAGGAGAUGAAAUGCUGAGGGGUAUUUCAGGAGGACAAAAGAAGCGUGUUACAACAGGUGAGAUGCUUGUGGGACCUGCGAAGGCAUUGUUCAUGGAUGAAAUAUCCACUGGUCUGGACAGCUCCACAACUUUCCAGAUUGUCAAUUCCCUCAGACAGACUAUUCACAUUCUUGGCGGGACGGCACUGAUCGCACUGCUUCAGCCAGCACCAGAGACAUACGACCUCUUUGACGACAUAAUUCUUCUAUCGGAUGGGCAGAUCGUCUAUCAGGGUCCACGUGAACACGUGAUCGAUUUCUUUGAAUCCAUGGGUUUCAAGUGUCCUGAUAGGAAAGGUGUUGCAGACUUCUUACAGGAAGUCACAUCAAGAAAAGAUCAGCAGCAGUACUGGGCACGUUCAGGUGAGCCGUACCGCUACGUUCCAGUCAAGGACUUUUCAGAUGCAUACCAGACCUUCCAUGUUGGCCGUAGAUUGGGAGCAGAACUUAGCGCCCCAUUCGACAAGAGCAAGAGCCAUCCCGCUGCUUUGACGACUUCCAAAUAUGGCAUUAGCAAGAAGGAGCUGCUGAAAGCUAACAUUGCGAGGGAAUGGCUGCUGAUGAAGAGAAACUCCUUUGUUUACAUCUUCAAAAUGGCGCAACUGUUCGUUAUUGCAUUGAUCGCAAUGACUGUCUUCCUGCGUACUAAGAUGUCCCAUGACGAUGUGACCGAUGGAAACAUUUACAUGGGUGCUCUAUUUUUUGCACUUGUCACUCUCCUGUUUAAUGGGUUUGCGGAACUUUCAAUGACCAUCGCAAAGCUUCCCGUUUUCUACAAGCAAAGAGACCUCCUCUUCUAUCCUCCAUGGGCAUACGCUCUGCCAUCAUGGAUUCUCAAGAUUCCAGUAACAUUUGCAGAAUGUGCUGUAUGGGUUGGCAUGACUUAUUACGUCAUUGGCUUCGAUCCAAAUGUAGGAAGGAUGUUGAAACAAUAUCUGGUACUCGUAUUGAUUAGCCAGAUGGCAUCUGGGUUGUUCCGGGUGCUUGCUGCAUUGGGUCGGGACAUGAUCGUGGCCAAUACAUUCGGGUCCUUUGCGCAACUUGUAAUCAUGACACUUGGAGGAUUCAUUCUAGCACGAAGUGAUGUGAAGAAAUGGUGGAAAUGGGGAUACUGGAGCUCACCCCUGAUGUACGCACAGAAUGCAAUUGCGGUGAAUGAAUUCUUCGGGAAUAAAUGGAAACAUAUUCCUACAGGUUCGACGAAAUCAUUAGGAAUCCAAAUAUUGGAAGGGCGAGGAGUUUUCACCAAGUCAAACUGGUUUUGGAUUGGUUGUGGCGCAUUGCUCGGAUAUGUGGUCCUAUUCAAUGGUCUCUUCACUUGGGCUCUUGGAUAUCUCAACCCACUCGGAAACUCUCAAGCAGUUUUGUCUGAAGAGGCCUUGAAGGAGAAGCAUGCCAACAGAACUGGAGAAACCGAUGGUCUAGCAAUAUCAGCUGCUUCAUCAGAUACCACUGAUGGUCCUAACAAGAGCAAGAAGAAGGGCAUGGUUCUUCCAUUCGCACCUCUUUCAAUCACUUUUGAUAAUGUCAUAUACGCCGUGGACAUGCCGCAGGAAAUGAAAGCUCAAGGUCUAGAUGAUCGAUUAGUACUCCUCAAGGGUGUAAGUGGGGCUUUCAGGCCUGGAGUUCUUACAGCACUGAUGGGUGUCAGCGGUGCUGGUAAAACCACCCUGAUGGACGUGUUAGCCGGAAGGAAAACUGGAGGAUACAUAGAAGGAGACAUCAAAAUAUCUGGCUAUCCCAAGAAGCAAGAGACGUUCGCUCGCAUAUCUGGAUACUGUGAACAGAAUGAUAUCCACUCUCCUCAUGUCACUGUCUACGAGUCUCUCCUCUACUCUGCAUGGCUCCGUUUACCCGGCGAUGUUGACUUGAAUGCAAGAAAGAUGUUUAUUGAGGAGGUGAUGGAGCUUGUAGAGCUGAAUUCAUUGAGGGGUGCACUUGUUGGGUUGCCUGGCGUGAAUGGGCUGUCGACCGAGCAGCGGAAGCGGCUUACAAUUGCUGUGGAGCUCGUCGCCAAUCCAUCGAUAAUAUUCAUGGACGAGCCUACAUCUGGACUGGAUGCAAGGGCGGCUGCCAUUGUGAUGAGAACGGUGAGGAACACCGUCGAUACUGGAAGAACUGUGGUGUGCACAAUUCACCAGCCCAGUAUUGACAUAUUCGAAGCUUUCGAUGAGGUGAGGAAAACCCAAUAUGAAAGAACUUGUGUUUCAUCUGUUUAUGGACUAGAGCUUGAUGUCUCUCUAAUCCAAUUGCAGCUAUUCCUAAUGAAGAGAGGUGGGGAAGAAAUAUACGUGGGCCCGUUGGGCCAUCAGUCCUGCCAUUUGGUCAAGUACUUUGAGGGAAUCAAUGGCGUUAGCAAGAUAAAAGAGGGUUACAAUCCUGCUACAUGGAUGUUGGAGGUGACCUCCAUGGCCCAAGAAGGGAUCUUGGGGAUUAACUUCACUGAGACAUACAAGAACUCGGAUCUUUUCCGUCGGAACAAAGCUCUAAUCAAUGAACUUAGUGCACCUCCCCCCGGCUCGAAAGAUCUCUUCUUCACUACUCAGUACUCACAGUCCUUUGUCACACAAUGCAUGGCCUGCUUAUGGAAACAACACAUGUCGUACUGGCGUAACCCACCAUACACUGCUGUGCGGAUGCUCUUCACAACUUUCAUCGCCUUGUUGUUUGGGACAAUAUUCUGGGAUCUUGGCACCAAAACGACUCGGAGACAGGAUCUGUUCAAUGCAAUGGGUUCUAUGUACGCAGCAGUUCUGUUCCUUGGAAUCGAGAAUGCUGCAUCCGUGCAGCCAGUUGUGGCCAUUGAACGAACGGUCUUCUACAGAGAGCGGGCUGCGGGAAUGUACUCUGCUUUGCCAUAUGCAUUUGCACAGGUUGCUAUCGAGGUUCCAUACAUCUUUCUUCAGACUGUAAUAUAUGGUGCCAUUGUCUAUGCCAUGAUCGCAUUCGAGUGGACAGUUGCCAAGUUUUUGUGGAAUAUCUUCUUCAUGUUCUUCACAUUGCUCUACUUCACAUUCUACGGGAUGAUGGCGGUCGGCAUGACUCCCAACCAUGACAUUGCUGCGAUAGUUUCGUCUGCAUUUUAUGCGAUAUGGAAUCUCUUUGCAGGAUUCAUAAUUCCUCGACCCAGAAUCCCAAUAUGGUGGAGAUGGUAUUAUUGGGCAUGUCCCAUUGCAUGGACCUUCUAUGGAUUGGUCGUUUCUCAGUUUGGGGACUUGGAAAAUACUAUGGACAAUGACCAAACCGUAAAGUUCUUCCUAGAGGACUAUUUUGGAUUCAGACACAGCUUCUUGGGAGCAGUUGCCGGUGCGGUUAUUGGGUUUGCUGUGCUAUUCGCCUUCGUCUUCGCUUUUUCAAUUAAGGUGUUGAACUUCCAGAGAAGAUGAUUGAAUGUUGCUGAUCAUAUUAGGCCCACCUUAGGCAUUUGGGCUGCUACUAUACAGUUUUUUUUUUUCGUGUAUUUCUCUGUUUCGACGGUUGAUGAUUAUUUGAUUAUGUAUUAAGAAUUUGUUAUAUAUGAAUUUUCUUUUCAAUAUACUAAUUAAACAAGUUCUGUAAUUGAGUUAACCAAGCAAAUAAGUUCGUAAUUUUUU